AUGAAUCAGACAACAGAAAACCAAACCUCCAGCAACAGCAGCAGCGGUAGCGGUGGCCCUGCUAAAAGAAGCAGCACUUCUGGAAAUAGUUCCACCAGCGUUGUUAAAAGACAAGGCAGCAUCGGUUCUAGUAGUUACAGCAGCGCCAAAGUGUCUGUCAGCGACAAUGCUGGCACUAGUACCAGCGGUGCCACUAAAGGCAGAAGUGUCACCAAUAGUAUUAAAGGGGCCACCAAAAAUGACAGAAGAGGUAGCGUGGUGAACCCGGUGGAGGAGGUCUUGAUGCUGUCCUCAGGGAAGAAGCUGGAGGAGGAGCCACUCGGUGGUGAAGUCGGGGUUCCUUCCAGCAAUGCUUCAUCACUCGAUAUCAAGCUUGAGUCCUCUCCCUCUUCAUCGCUCAGUCAGUCCUCGGGCUGCUCUGACACAGACGGUACUAAGAAUCGAUUGGGCACUGAAAGCGGCUAUUCAUCUCUGGAGAAGACAAGUUCAAGUCCAAGAGUUGUGGAUGCAGAGACACACACUGAUACCAGACCUCAGGAAGCUGUUCAACAAGAGGGUUCAUUUCUAGAUGCCAAGGUUUCCCCCUCAACCCCUACAUCCUCUACUGAACAAAAAGACCAUAAGACAACUGUUACUUCUCAGGCUUCCUUCACUAAUGAUAUUCCUGAUCACUCACAACAUUUGAUAUCAUGUAGUCUCCGCUCAAAAUCGCUGGAGCGCAGACCGCUUGACUCCACGGCCACACCUGACCUCCUUAAUUUCAAAAAGGGAUGGAUGUCUAGACUGGGAGAGGAUGGAAAGUGGCGGAAACACUGGUUUGUUCUUACAGACCAGACUUUGAGAUUCUAUCGUGACUCUGCAGCAGAAGAGGCAGCUGAUGUGGAUGGUGAGAUCAACUUGUCUACUUGCUACGAUGUUACAGAUUUCCCUGUGCAAAGGAACUAUGGCUUUCAGAUUCAUACAAAGGAUGGAGUGUUCACCCUUUGUGCAAUGACUUAUGGGAUACAGCGCAACUGGGUCCAGGCAGUAAUGAAAAACAUUCGUCCCGCCAUUGCCCCAGAUGUCACGUGUUCAAUUCCUCAGAAGGUGCCAAUGACUAGUACACAUGCUCGUACAAGCUCCUGCCAAUGCAAAACAGUUUCACAGGAGUCCGAGCAAAGGAGUCGCAUCCGUGAGCGCCGUAGAGAGGGGCGCUACAAAACCUUUGAUUGGGCAGAAUUGAGUUGUAAACAUCACAAGGAGGAGUUGUCAAAUGAUCCAUCUGGAAGGCAGUGGAACCAUAACGGCGGCGCUCACUGC